AUGUUGGACUCAGAAGAAUGUACUUUGUCCCUGGAUAACUUGUUCUUUGAGAGGCCAGUUGUCCACAAAGUAUUCCAGCCACUCAGGACAUCCAAAAAGAGGCAGAGGAUCUUUCAUCAUUCAGAAGACUUCAUGAACAAGUCUCAGUGUUCCACAAUGGUCAGCAGAGGUCGAACUGAAACCCCACAGGAGUCUGGUCAUGCGCUGGAGCAGAAACAUUUUCCUCUGGACUUCAGCCAAAGCCCACCUGUACGGAGAAGUUUGUUCAAACCUCUCAUUGGUCAGGUGCUGAACAGUGGUGCAGACUUGAACACCCGCCACAGCCAGACAAGACCCAGAGAGCAGCAAACCUUCAACCAGGUUUCCAUGGCGACAGAGCCUCGACUGGCAAGACAGUCAGCAGCAGGCCCCAGCCCCCUCAGCGGGCUGGGUCCGGCUGCAGCCCGGGGACCCCCACCGCAUACACCGGACAAGGGCACCAAGAGGGCUAACGUCCUCCCCAUGACACCCCAGCCCCUUCAGAUACAAGAGUUCCCUUACUUCAACUACGUCCAAUCCAAAGCCCUGGAUGAUGUUCUUUACACAGGAAAGAAUGUUGUGGCUUGUGCUCCUACUGGUUCUGGUAAGACAGUGCUCUUUGAGUUGGCCAUCAUCCGCCUACUGAUGGAAACCACAGAGCCCUGGAGAAACGUCAAAGCUGUUUAUAUGGCCCCCAUCAAAGCUCUAUGCAGCCAGCGCUUUGAGGACUGGAAGAAGAAAUUCGAGCCUCUGGGCCUGAGCUGCAAGGAGCUGACCGGAGACACAGAGAUCGACGACUUCUUUGAGAUUCAGGACGCCCAUAUCAUCAUGACCACACCUGAAAAAUGGGACAGCAUGACCAGGAAGUGGAGGGAUAACUGCCUGCUGCAGUUGGUCCGGCUUUUCCUUAUUGACGAGGUGCACGUGGUGAAAGACACUACGCGUGGAGCGACACUAGAGGUGGUGGUGAGCAGGAUGAAGGCGGUCCAUGCCUUCCGUGCAGCAGAGAACCCCCAGGAGGACGUCUCCAUGAGAUUUGUGGCUGUCUCCGCCACCAUCCCCAAUAUCAAGGAUAUAGCAGACUGGCUGUGUGACACCAGAGGCCCUGCUACUUGUCUGGAGAUGGAUGAGAGUCACAGACCUGUGAAACUGAGGAAGGUAGUGCUGGGUUUCCCCUGCAGCAGCAACCAGACUGAGUUCAAGUUCGACCUGUCACUCAACUACAAGAUGGCCAACAUCAUCCAGACCUACUCGGACCAGAAACCAACCCUUGUUUUUUGCUCAACAAGGAAAGGAGUCCAGCAGUCAGCCGCUGUUCUGGCCAAGGAUGCCAGGUUCAUCAUGAGGAUUGAGCAUAAACAACGGUUGAUGAAGUAUGCAAACUCUCUCCUGGACUCAAAACUCAGAGACCUGGUGACGUUUGGGGUUGGUUUCCACCACGCCGGGGUAGACGUGUCCGACAGGAAGGUGAUUGAAGAGGCCUUCACCAUGGGAGACCUGCCUGUACUGUUUACAACCAGUACUCUGGCAAUGGGGGUGAACCUGCCAGCCCACCUGGUGGUGAUCAAGUCCACCAUGCACUACAUCGGGGGAGCCUGCAAGGAGUACAGCGACGCCGACAUGCUGCAGAUGAUUGGCCGAGCAGGCCGGCCACAGUUUGAUACGUCAGCAACAGCAGUGAUCAUGACCAAGACUCACACCAAAGACAAGUACAUGCAGUUCAUGAAUGGGGCAGAAAUUAUUGAGAGCAGCCUGCACACCCACCUUGUGGAGCACCUGAACGCUGAGAUCGUCCUCCACACCAUCUCAGACGUCAACAUGGCCCUGGACUGGAUCCGCUCCACCUUCCUCUACAUCAGAGCACUGAAGAACCCCAAACACUACGGUUUUUCCACCGACUUGGACCGAUGUGGGAUCGAAGCCAAAUUGCAAGAGCUCUGUCUGAAGAACCUGAACUCCCUGGCCUCCAUUGGUCUGGUCUCCAUGGAUGAGGAUGUCAACAUCAAAGCUACAGAGGCAGGCAGGUUGAUGGCCAGGUUCUGUGUGGCAUUUGACACCAUGGAGCAGUUCAGCAAGGUGACUGGCACUGAGACCUUACCUGAGCUGAUAGAAUUGAUGGCGAAGGGCAGAGAGUUCACUGACGUGCAGCUGAGAGUGAACGAGAAGAGAACCCUGAACACGUUGAACAAGGACAAGAACAGGAUCACCAUCAGGUAUCCCAUGGAGGGAAAGAUCAAAAACAAUGAGAUGAAGGUGAACUGCUUGAUUCAGGCCCAGUUUGGCUCCAUUCCAAUUCAAGAGUUUGGACUCACACAAGACACCGGUAGAAUCUUCCGGAAUGGAGUCCGAAUCAGCAGAUGUUUGGCAGAGUUUCUAAACCAGCGCUCCAAGACAGGCUUCUCUGCUCUGCUCAACUCCCUGAUACUGGCCAAGUGCUUCAGUGCCAAGCUGUGGGAGAACUCUCCUUACGUCUCAAAGCAGCUGGAGAAAAUAGGGUUGACUCUUUCAGCUGCCAUGGUGAACGCUGGGCUCACCACCUUCAGUAAGAUAGAGAAGACCAACGCCAGGGAACUGGAGCUGAUCGUCAACAGACAUCCUCCAUUCGGAAACCAAAUCAGAGAGGCUAUCAUCAAUCUACCCAAGUAUGAAGUUUGUUUGGAGCAGCUUCCAAGAUACCAUGUCGCCACCGCAGAGAUUGUCGUGACUGUGAACGUGAAGAACCACGAACAGCUGCUGUCAAAGAGAACUGCUCCUGACCACCACUAUGUCACCAUGAUCCUCGGGGACUGUGACAACAACGUGGUCUUCCUGCAAAAACUCACAGACUUGAUGCUGUUGAAGUCGGGAAGCUGGUCAAAAAAGAUCGAAGUGGCGAAAGCCUCCAAAGGAGAGGAGAUCAAUGUGAAUCUGGUCAGCUCAGAAUACGUGGGGUUGGACAUUCAACAGAAGUUUAGUCCCUUCUUCUCUGGACCGAAGAGGUACGGAGCUGAAUCACUCGCACCUGAGCAACAUAACACCAUGCAGCAAGCACAGGCUAAUGCUCAGAGAUCACAGGGUGCAACACAGAGAACACAGCCAACAGCUCAGCAAACACAGAAGAGAAACUCCACAUCCACAUGUGCCACAGAAAAGGAUUCCUCACAAUCAGAUCCAGGCAAAAGACAAUGUAACCACUUAUGCAAAAACAAGGAUCAAUGUGGCCACGACUGCUGUAAAAAUGGAGGGCCGGGGGUUCUGAAAAGGCAGAUGAAUCAGCAUUCGAGUUUCACCUCCUACCUCCAAGACCUGAAGACCAGGAGUGACACACUGACGGAGACACCAGUCAAACGCCUCAAGAUGAGAAUGAAUGGCGGGAUGGGAGCUGCGAACAUGCAACAGUUCUCUUAUUCACCUAAGCCAAUCCUACCUGCUUCUUCUAGGUAUGAAGGUAACCAGUAUGGCGCUUUAGCAAGACCACAGAGUGUAGAUUCAGCUGAGGACUUUACAACACCCCAAGAGAUGGCUUAUGUUGUGACCUAUGGCCAUGAGUAUAAUGACUACCUGGAAGACAUAUCUCAGACAACGGGAGAUUUGAAACCACCACCUGUUCAACUUCAGACCCUUACGGAGUCACAAAGCACUUCAAUGUGGAGGAAGCCCAAUGCCUACGAUGGAAGAUCCCUCAGCCACAGCACCCCCCAAAGCACCCCGCAAAGCCAGACCAAGAGUUACCCUCAGAGCCACAGCACCCCCCAGAGCCAGAGCAGGAGUUACCCUCAGAGCCACAGCACCCCCCAGAGCCAGAGCAGGGGUUACCCUCAGAGUCACAGCACACCCCAAAGCAGGGGUUACUCCCAAAGUAUCUCUCAGAGCCAGAGCAGAUGUUACCCACAGAGUCACUGCACCCCCCAAAGCAGGAGUUACCCUCAGAGCCACAGCACCCCCCAGAGCCAGUGCAGGAGUUACCCUCUGAGUCAAAGCACCACCCAAACCCAGAGCAGGGGUAACAGUACCCCCCAAAACCAGAGCAGGUCUUUCUCUCAGAGUUCCAUUGUAGACUUGACCGACGACAGUGGUUUCUUCUCAUCGUCAAUCACCCCCAGCGUGACCUUUGACCUGGGAGACGAGUGGGACGAUUUUGACGAUGACAACUUGGUGCACGCCAACGAGAAGCCAUGCACCUCUGUUGCUAAAACUAAAGGAGUGGACCUGGACUGUGAUAGGCCAAAAGGAAACUCCACACCACUACCAUCCAUUUCCUUACUGCCCAAACCCCGCUGCACUACAUCCAAUUCCCCACUCAGGUCGAUCUCCCCAGUUGUUUCUCAGAUACCAGUUACUACUCUCCCAGUCAGACCACACAACUCCCAGGCUGCUGCUAGCUGGAGCCACUCUGACAACAAGACCACAAGGACAUUCAGUGAACCCCCCAUGAAAGCACCACCCUCCUUCCCAAAACAGACUGACACUAGCUUGCCCCCCCUGGGACAACGGUUUGAUUUCUUCUCAAAGACGACUACCCCAAACAAUGACACUGUGACUGGCAAAAGGCUCCAGGGAGAGGAUUACAGCAAGGAAGUGGAGGCAUUCAUGGGGAUAUUUGAUGGACUAUUUUAGUAGUGUUUGUAGUUGUAUGCACUAUUUCCAUGAUAAUGUUUCAUGGUGAUUUGUCAUGUUAUUGUGUAUGUAAUUUUGUUAUACUGUUAUUUAUACUGUUUGUUGUUUGGGAUUCACUGUUAGAUUUACUGUUGGUCCUAUUUGAAAAUGUUUAUCUAGGAGUAUGAACUUUCACUCUUCUUUAGCAGGAUUCCAAAAAUGUAAUAUUUCUGUGUACUUUAUUAAAUGAACACAAUAUU